AUGCUGCAUCCUCAUCAUCAUGCCUUGAUGUUCUUCUUCAUCAUCCUCCUUUUCUCCUCUCUAAAUUAUUCAUCACAAUCUUUAAAAACCACUCAUGGUGAUGAUGAAAGGGGUAUUUUACUUAGCCUAAAACAACACUACUGGGGAAAUCCAUCUUCACUUGAGCAGUGGAACUCCACUUCCUCCCCAUGUGACUGGCCUGGAAUUUCAUGCAACUUCAAUGGAAGUGACGUCACUGGGAUAUAUCUCUACGACAGUGGCCUCAAAGGGUCAUUCCCCUCAAAAAUUAUAUGCCAGCUCAACAGCCUUUCUUCAAUCGAUUUCAGUCACAAUAGUCUCUGGGGAAGUAUACCAGUUGGCCUCUCCAGUUGCUCAAAGCUUGAAGACUUGGAUCUAUCUGCAAAUAAUUUCACAGGAAACAUACCAGGUGAGUUGUUUUCCAUGAAAACACUGCGGAGUUUAUAUCUUCAGGAGAACAAGUUGUCCGGUGAAAUACCGACGAUAUCCAUGGUGGCUCACAGUUUGGAGAAUCUUGAUCUUUCAAGUAACCAGUUAAAUGGAUCAAUACCAGAUAAUAUAGGGAGUUUAUACAAUCUUGUCCAAUUGGAUCUGUCCAAGAAUUCUCUUAGUGGCCCUAUACCUGCUAGAUUGCUCCAGUUGCAUAAACUGUACUAUAUUUCACUGGCUUCUAACAAUUUGAGUGGUGAAAUACCUGUAAAACUGGAUUUAUUUAGUCUGAAACGCAUAGACCUGUCAGAUAACCAAUUUUCUGGGGACAUAUGCGAAACUGUCAGCCAUAUAUGGGAUACACCGACACUGGAUACCCUUAGGAUUUGUUUGAACCACUUUUCUGGGAGAAUCCCUUAUGAGUUAGUAAAGGGAAAAUUUCAGUAUGAUAUAUGCUUUGAUAAGGUCAAUUUAUGUUCAGAUUUGAUAGAUAAGAAGGAACUGCCAACAUGCCCUUCCCAAUGGUUGUCUGAUACGCUGUCACUACACAUAAACUGCAGUUCCAAUAAGCCAAGUAAAUCAAAGAAAAUCAUCAUAACUUGUGUCGUGAUAGCAGCGCUACUCAUCAUUGGGUUAGGAAUUCUGAUACGGGUGUUCAGACCUAGGGUGGGAAGGAGAAAGGAACCUGAUGGAGAAGAAUGGAGUAUGAUUUCAUUUCAAAGGUUGAAAUUCAAUAAAUGGGAUAUUUUGGGCGGUUUGAUAGAUGAAAAUUUGAUUGGAAAUGGAGGAUCAGGAAAAGUGUAUAGAGUGAUCACCAAGAAAGGCCAAAAAGUUGCUGUUAAAAGUAUAAGGCAUGAACCAAAGCAAGGGCAGGGAUUAAUGGAGAAACAGUUCCUAGCAGAGGUUAAGAUUCUUGGGGGAAUUUGGCACAACAACAUAGUGAAAUUGUUAUGUUGCAUCAGAGGCAACACAACAAAGCUUCUUGUGUACGAAUACAUGGACAAACAGUGUCUUCAUAAAUGGUUGCAUGGAAAGAAGAGAGGCUUAACUACUCAAGUCUUGCAGUGGGAGAGAAGGCUAAAAAUUGCCAUUGGAGCUGCACAAGGCCUAUGCUAUUUGCAUCAUAAUUGCAGUCUACCCAUUGUUCAUAGAGAUAUAAAGUCUAGUAACAUACUUGUCGACUCUGACUUCAAUGCCAAGAUUGCAGACUUUGGACUGGCAAAGAUUAUGGCGAGUGAAGGAGAUCCAGAAACAGCAUCUGCUGUUGUGGGAACCUUUGGUUACAUUGCCCCAGAAUAUGGCAGUACACGAAAAGUGGAUGCGAAGUGCGACAUCUACAGCUUUGGCGUACUUCUCUUGGAAUUGACAACGGGAAGAGAAGCAGUGACGGGAAAUGAGGAUAUAAACCUGGCACAAUGGGCACACAAACACCAAAGAGAAGGAAAAUCAGUUGCAGAUGCCUUGGAUGAGGAGAUCAAGGACCCACGUCAUCUGGAGGCAAUGAUCACUAUUUUCAAAUUAGGCCUGGCGUGUACGUUGAGUUCUCCAUCAAGCAGGCCCUCCAUGAAAGAUAUUUCACGAAUUCUUUAAAGAUGCAGCAAAAACAAUCAAAUGUUCCCAGAAAGCUGAUAAACAAUAUAAAUAUUUUCACUUUACUUUUGAAUGGACUUUUACCAUUAUGAAAUGUUGGCAAUGGUGGUUUAUUAUUUAAUGUGACUAUUGUACUCACAUGGCAUUAUUCAUACUUGUUUAAUAACGUGUUUCUUCUUACUUGUUUAA